UAGAAAGACACUAAAAAAAAAAAAAAACACCACUCCACUACUACAAAUAUUAUUUUUUUUUGAAAAAAAAAUGUUGCAAAUAAAUAUGAAAAUUGCAAUAUCAUUUGUGAUUAUGAUAAUUAUCUUGAGAUGGUUAUGGAAAUUCUUGAAUUGGGUGUGGAUUAAUCCCAAAAAAUUGGAAAAAAGACUCAAAUUGGAAGGUUUAAAAGGAAAUCGUUACAAGUUUUUACAUGGAGAUAUGAAGGAGAUUAAUACAAUGGUUGAAGAAGCAAAAAAAAAAACAAUUAACUUUACUAAUGACUAUGUUUCUAGAGUUUUGCCUCACUCCACCAAGUUAAUGAUGCAAUAUGGUAAUAAUUGUUAUAUGUGGUUGGGACCAAAACCAGCAAUGUUAAUUACAGAGCCUGAAUAUGUAAGGGAAAUUUUAUCAAAAAGUUACAUUUACCAAAAGAUUGAAGGCAAUGCAAUCACUAAGUUGCUAGCACAAGGACUUGCAAGUUAUGAAACAGAUAAAUGGGCUAAGCAUAGAAGAAUUAUCAACCCUGCAUUUCACCUUGACAAGUUGAAGCACAUGUUACCAGCAUUCUACAUGAGUUGCUGUGACAUGCUCAGCAAAUGGGAAAAUAUAGUUUCAUCAGAGGGAUCAGAGAUAGAUGUGUUGCCAUUUUUGCAAACUUUAACUAGUGAUGCAAUUUCAAGAACAGCAUUUGGUAGUAACUAUGAAGAAGGAAGACAAAUAUUUGAGCUUCAAAAAGAACUAGCUGAUUUAAUUUUACAUGCAGCUAGGUGGAUUUACAUUCCCGGGUGGAGGUUUGUGCCAACAAAAAGGAACAAGAGGAUGAAGCAAAUAGCAAAUGAAGUAAGAUCAUUAGUGUUGGGAAUUAUCAACAAAAGAAUAAGGGAAAUGAAAGAAGGUGAAGCUACAAAAGAUGAUUUAUUGGGUAUACUAUUGGAAUCAAAUUUCAAAGAAAUAAAAAUUCAUCAUGAAAACAAGAAUUUUGGUAUGACAAUUGAUGAAGUGAUUGAAGAAUGCAAAUUGUUUUAUUUUGCUGGUCAAGAAACUACUUCAGUAUUACUUGUUUGGACUUUGAUUUUGUUGAGCAAACAUUUGGAUUGGCAAGAAAGAGCAAGACAAGAGGUGCAUCAAGUAUUUGGGAGUGACAAACCUAACUAUGACUUGUUGAAUCAAUUGAAAGUUGUAACAAUGAUAUUCAAUGAGGUUCUAAGGUUAUAUCCACCAGCAAUUAUGAUUGGUAGAAGAGUAACAAAAGAAACCAAAUUAGGGAACUUGUCAUUGCCUGCUGGAAUGUUCCUAAUGUUACCAGCAAUUUAUUUGCAACAUGACAUUGAAAUAUGGGGUGAUGAUGCAAAAGAAUUCAAUCCAGAAAGGUUUAGUGAAGGUGUUAAUAAAGCAACAAAGGGUAAAUUUGCAUAUUUUCCAUUUAGUUGGGGACCAAGAAUAUGUAUUGGACAAAAUUUUGCUAUGUUAGAAGCAAAAAUGGCACUUGCAAUGAUGCUACAACAUUAUGCUUUUGAGUUAUCUCCAUCUUAUGCACAUGCUCCUCAUACUUUUCUCACUCUUCAACCUCAACAUGGUGCUCCUUUGAUUUUGCAUAAGUUGUAGGACCGGAGUCACAUCAGAACUCGGAAGUUAAACAUGCUUGACCAACUUGAGAAGUAUUAAAACGGGUGACUCCCUGAGAAGUCCUCGUGUUACAUCCCCUUUAGUUGUCUCCAACUUGUUUGUGAUUGAGGUAUAAUGGUACUAGGAUGGUGGAACCCACUGGGAAGUCCUCGUGUUGUAUUUCUCCUUUAGAUGAUCUCAGUUUGUUUGGGAUUGAGACGUAAGUAUAUAGUAUGUAUUUGAUAUAUCUACUAUAGUUUGUAACAGUAUGGUUUAUUAUUGUACAAUCUUGUAUGUUUCAUUUUGCA